AUGCAUAAAGGAGUGGGCAUGCCCCCUCCCUCCCAUAGAUUAAAAAUCACUGGAUCCUGGGACCCCACCAAAGAUAAUCCGGAACUUACUAUAGAAGAAGAAACAGCCUUAGCACGUUUUCGCACAGGUGCUUCGCAUCGCUAUGGCUGGUUUCUGCGAAAAAUACAAACCCAUAUUCCCCCUGGUUGUCGCUGGCGUAAUCCAAAACAUGUAAACAUGCCAGAACCAGUUAUUCCAACUGGCCAAAAACGACCGCGCUACACCCAAAGCAAAGCAUCAGACCCUACCAACUGCACUGAAUGUGGGACACAAUACUCAUGCAGGAACACCGCAGUAGUACAUAUGGUCAACAAACACAUGGGUUCAAGAGAGCCGAUGCGCUCUGGAAGAUCAAAUUCCCCCUUGGGCCACCUCCGCCGGACAUCUCGCCAGAACCCCCGCCACUCUCACAAAUACAUAAUGGGGGCAAGACGGGCUGACACACCACCAAAAGAGAGACAAACACAACACGAGGAAGGCCUAUGCCAAAAAAAGAAACCCCUUGGAGAAGAGGAACCGGCGAUACAAUAA